AUCUCUGUGAGUUCGAGCAAGGCCAGGGCUGAUUUUCACGACAGCCAGGGCUAUAAAAUGAGAUUCAUUCUCUCUCUCUCUCUCUCUCUCUCUCUCUCUCUCUCUCUCUCUCUCUCUCUCUCUCUCUCUCUCUUUUUAAAGACACAAGGACCCAAGUUUUAGCUCUUGAUAUUCACCCUGGGCCUUAUCUUAAAAAAAGAAAAAAAUGGAGUGGCCAGCGAUGAGGUCACUGAAGAGUUUACCAGAGAUGAUGUCGUCCCUGUCACUGCAGGGGACGUCAUGGCCGUGGACGUGACAGAAUAUCAUUUGAGCGUCAUCAAGAGCCCCCCAGGCUGGGAGGUGGGUGUCUACGCUGCUGGGGCCCUGGCUCUGCUUGGCAUUGCAGCUGUGAGUCUGUGGAAGCUCUGGACGUCGGGGAGUUUCCCCAGCCCCUCCCCGUUCCCUAACUACGACUACAGGUACCUGCAGCAAAAAUAUGGAGAGGCCUAUGUGGAGGCUAAGCUGAAGCGAGUCCCUCCUUGGAAUGCCCAGCGGACCACCACUCGGGGACCACCCAGCCGCAAAGGCAGCCUCAGUAUAGAAGAUACCUUUGAGAGCAUCAGUGAGCUAGGACCCCUGGAGCUGAUGGGCCGGGAACUGGACUUGGCUCCCUAUGGUACUCUCCGCAAGUCACAGUCGGCUGACUCUCUGAAUUCCAUCUCCUCUGUGAGCAACACCUUCGGUCAGGAUUUCACCCUGGGCCAGGUGGAGGUGAGCAUGGACUAUGAUGGAGCUUCCCACACCCUCCACGUGGCGGUGCUGCAAGGCAAGGACCUCCUGGAGCGCGAGGAGGCCACCUUCGAGUCCUGCUUCAUGCGUGUCAGUCUGCUGCCAGACGAACAGAUCGUGGGCAUCUCCCGGAUCCAGAGGAAUGCCUAUUCCAUCUUCUUCGAUGAGAAGUUCUCUGUCCCCCUGGACCCCACAGCCCUGGAGGAGAAGAGUCUUAGAUUUUCUGUGUUUGGCAUCGAUGAGGAUGAGCGGAAUGUGAGCACCGGCGUGGUGGAGCUGAAGCUGUCUGUUCUGGACCUCCCGCUGCAGCCCUUCAGUGGCUGGCUGUACUUACAGGACCAGAAUAAGGCUGCUGAUGCUGUGGGAGAGAUCCUGCUGUCCCUCAGUUACCUGCCCACAGCGGAGCGGCUGACUGUGGUUGUGGUGAAAGCCAAGAAUCUCAUCUGGACCAAUGACAAGACCACAGCAGACCCCUUCGUCAAAGUGUAUCUGCUGCAGGAUGGGAGGAAGAUGAGCAAGAAGAAGACGGCGGUGAAGAGGGAUGACCCCAACCCAGUGUUCAAUGAAGCCAUGAUCUUCUCAGUACCAGCCAUUGUGCUUCAGGACCUGUCUCUCCGAGUGACAGUGGCUGAGAGCAGCAGUGAUGGCCGUGGGGACAACGUGGGCCAUGUCAUCAUUGGGCCAGGGGCCAGCGGCAUGGGCACCACACACUGGAACCAGAUGCUGGCCACAUUGCGCAGGCCUGUGUCCAUGUGGCAUCCAGUCCGGCGAAACUAACAGCCAGGGCAGGCCAAGUGGGCAGCCGAGCCUCCAGAGCCUCGCACCAUCUCAGUUCUACCCAGCGAUGCCCUCUCCAUAGUCAGCUGGAGCUGUGAACACCAGGGCUUCCCCACCUCCCAGGGGGUCCUCAUCAGCCAUCUUGGAUCCUCUGUCCAGACUGUCAUGGAGGAAUGGCUCUUCAUCUGGGGACCCAGAGUAAUUUCCCCACUGAGGACUACCUGUAGCUGGCUGGGGACCUACCAGACUGGCCAACUGCGUAUUGAAGAGUCUUAGGAAGUAUGUCCAUUGGCCUGCAGAGGGAUGUGGGCUUCAGCACUGGCCAACUCCCCUUCUGCUAUUCUCCUAGAGGACAGCUGUUAAUAAGUCUUGAGGGAUAGCUCCUGUAAUGACAGGGCUAAGAUUAACAAGACGUAGCACUCAGGAUGCUAGGAACUCAAUAUGCCCCUUUCCCAUCCUGGUUGAUUGGCUCAGUGCCAAGUAACAACCUGGGCAGAUGAACUUAGAAAGGGGCCCUGAGGUCUGGGGUAACAGUGAGGAUCUCUCAGAUAAGGAGCUUCACUUUGAGGGUUGGAGAAAAAAAAAAAAAAACUUCCCAGAUUUACCAUGGGAGCCGUGGGGAUCACGGUGAGCAGUCAAGCAAUAGAAGACACAAACUAGCCCAUCCCAAACACAGACUCUGCCCACUGCAGUGGACACAAGAAGAGGCCAAGAAACCAGACUCAACAGAAGCCAGUAGGCCACAUGAAGGCUCCCCUGACCAUCCACCCCUGAGGGAACCUGAAGUUCCCAGUGGCCCAGAUCCAGAUCCUUGUGUGGAUCUGAAGCCAAUGAGCACAGAUUCACCAGUGUUGGCUGGUGUCCCUCUAGGCCAGGUUUCUCUUGAAAGUGUCAGGCAGAUCUAAAUCCAACCCUAGGAAUAGUCAGCAUCUUAAGUCAAGGUCCCUAAAGACAGGGAUAUCUAGCCUUAGUCUUGAGCCAGUAGGAACUCUGGGGAAAGUGGUGUUCGUAAGCAAAGGGCUGGGCUGUGCACCACUACCAGAAUCACUCUUUGGCUCCCAUCUGGUCAGAGUUAGUGAAGGGAUCACAUCGUAAGUGAGGUGCUGGCUGUCACUUGAGAAAGGCAGUUCUCCCAGAGAAAUGGUGGCUUUUGGCUCCUUCUCUCUGGCACCUGAAGAUUUAAAAGGAUAGUGGACAUAGAGUAGUGAGAAGAAGAUUCUGGUCCUUGGCGCUAUUGAAUCAUGGAGGCCCAGACGGAAGCAGGUCUAAUCAUACAGUCAAUGACAAGGAGAAGGGUGGCUAGAAUAGGGACACAGGUCAACAGGACACCAGCCACAACUGGACUCACUGAAGCCAGGCUUCUCACCCCGUGGUCAAUAUCAAGAGGUGAAAAAUGGGCCAGGGAUAGUGGUGGCUGUGCCAGGCCUUGUCAUCUGGAAGCCCCAGACUCCUUCUAAUCCAACGGCUUUGCAGGGCAGACCACACCCCCCACCUCCAUCCCUUGUUCCUUCCUUCUAUACUGCAUGAGACGUUGACAGUGGCCCAGAUGGCUGUGGUGGCAGCAGGAAUGCUGCCUGGAAUGAUUCCUGAAACAAAAUAAAACUGGGGCAGGAAGGAGGCUUACCGGGA